AUGGGCAAUAUAUUUCCAAAAGACGAUGUAAGGAGAGAAUUUGAAGAUUUAAAGAGUGAUUUGAAUCGAGGAAAAAUCCCCGAAGCAGCAGCUGAAUUCCGAGGAUAUAUAAAUGAAAUGCAAAACCUGCCACUCAAUAUUGCAGUUGUUGGAAAGGCCGGUGCUGGGAAAUCCUCCUUCAUUAAUGCCGUCUGGGGCAUAAAUGAUGAUGAUGAUGAAGCAGCCGAGGUCUGGACAGUUGAGGAAACCAAAAUGCCAAAGGCCUAUUCCCACCCCUCUUUUCCCAACAUAACGAUAUGGGAGCUACCAGAGAUCAGAGAACGUAAUUCUAAGGCAGCUGAAUAUUUCGAGAAGGUUCAGUUUGAAAGAUACGAUGUCUUUAUUAUGCUUGUCACUGACCGCUUUACUGAAAAUGAUGCUUUCCUGGCAAAGGAAAUACAAAGAAUGAGGAAGAAGUUUUAUUAUGUGCAUUCUAAAAUAGAUCUCAGUAUUGAAGGCGAAAGGAGGAAAAGGAAUUUCAAGAUGGAGAAAACCCUGGAGACCAUCAGGAAUUAUUGUGAAGAUAAUUUGAAAGAGUCAUCUGAGCUCCCUGAGAGGGUAUUUCUGAUAUCCAACCUGCAUGUACAUAUGUAUGAAUUCCCUCUCCUGAGAGAGAAAAUGGCCGCCGAACUUCCUGAUUACAAGAAACACAUUUUAACUCUGGCUGGGCAGUUUUUUUCAGAGAAUAAUUUGAUGGACAAAAAGAUUAAAAUGAACUCAUAUAUAGAGAGGUUUGCAAAGUUAUCUUGGGUUUGUGGAGCAGCAAUUGUUUGGCCCCUCUCUCUAGCUUGUGAUAUUGGAAUCCUAAUGGUUGCAUGGGAAUGGUUCUGGAAGGUGUUUGGCUUAGACAAGAGCUCCCUCCGCUUUCUGGCACUUCAGACGGGAAAAGGGUUUAAAGAGCUGAAAUCGGGGAACCGGGAAAGGCCAUUAGUCAGUACCGUCCAUGCACAGCUGGUAUUUUUUCUCCUUCUGAAGUCUGCUUUUUGGGUUAUGCUCCCAUCUGUGAAAUAUUUGGGGACCUCUCUUGCUGAAACUGUGUCGGUUAUGAAACUGGUUCUUGAUUACAUGCCUGGAAUCGGGUCUGUAUUUGAUGGAGUGAGUUCAUAUGCUUUCAUGCAUUAUUUUCUGAACAGAUUUCUUGGCAAUGCGGUGGAGGAUGCCCAGAACGUUCGAGAAAAGCUUCUUAAGUGAUCAAAGUCCCCGUGAAAGAUCCAAGGAGCCAUCCUCCCCUCUUUGAAGGAGAACAUUUCAUCCCAAUGAGAAGAAAGGGAAGAAAAUAAGAAUAUGCUUUAUUACCUUAUUAGAACUGUCUAUUUGCUCGCUUGUUAUUCUCAGAUUGCAGUAUGUGCUUGGUCAGUUUAAGAGGCAAAUAAAUCUUUUUUUUUCUGCAGAUGUCUCCAAGGAAAAUUAGAAAUUAAGUGUUUAUCCAUAUUGUUUCGUUAGCUUUUUUCCUACUCCACGUGUAACAAUCA